UUUUUUUAUUGCCUUUUUGGAACUGCGACCCCAAGACAAGUCGCCGCGUUGUAUUCUGGGAACACACAGUAGAUGCAAGAUGGCGGCGAGCAGGAGACUGCACAAGGAACUUGAAGAGAUUCGCAAGUCUGGAAUGAAAAACUUCAGAAACAUUCAAGUGGAUGAAUCCAACAUACUGACCUGGCAAGGUCUCAUUGUCCCUGACAACGCACCUUAUGACAAGGGAGCUUUCAGGAUUGAAUUAAUCUUCCCCGCUGAGUACCCCUUCAAGCCCCCCAAGAUCACGUUCAAGACAAAGAUCUACCACCCCAACAUCGACGAGAAGGGACAGGUGUGUCUGCCUGUCAUUAGCGCAGAGAACUGGAAACCAGCAACCAAAACUGACCAAGUAAUUCAGUCCCUGAUUGCGUUGGUGAACGACCCCCAGCCAGAGCACCCGCUGAGGGCAGACCUAGCAGAAGAAUACUCAAAGGACCGGAAAAAAUUCUUUAAGAACGCAGAGGAGUUUACAAAGAAACAUGGAGAAAAGAGACCAAUGGACUGAUUACCUGACCAGUUUGUAGCCCUCUCUCUCUCUCCCCUCCCCAACUGAAAGUCUCUGUUCUCCUCCCUCCUCUCUGUACCUUCCCCCUCUCUCCUCCCCAUCUCCCCACACACACACACAUCAUCCUAGCAGCCCGGGAGCAGCCCUAGCCUCACCUCCGCGUGUGGCUGCAGCCCCACCAUCUUCGCAGGACUCUGGAUCAGACCGGUUUCUCCUCCUUCUGGCGAUCGCUCGAGGCCGCUACUAACUUUAUACUAUUUUCUUAAAUUAAAAUAUGAAAAAGACAAGAAAAAAUAAAUGGUUAGAACGUCCAUGUUAAAUAUGGAGAACUAAGGAGGGAAAACAAAUAGAAGGAAAUGGGGGGGAGAAAAAAAUUGUUUUUAGUUUUGCUGUUCGUUAAAAAAAAAUGUUAAAAAAAAAAAAAUUGGGGGGAAAAACAAGAAAUCACUG